AUGACUGAAUUCGAAACGGUCGUCGCGCUGCUCAAGCAGUCGCAGCUGCCUCAAUCUGCCCGAUCAGCCGAGCAGCAGCUCAAGGAGCUGGAGGAUCAGGCGGACUUUCCCAUUGUCAUGUUGCAUGUCGUGGCUGCCCAGAAUCUGGAGGAAUCAACUCGUCUGGCCGCUGCGCUCUUCUUCAAAAACUUUCUCAAGCGAAAGUGGGUCAAUUCUGACGGCCAGCAUCUUCUGCAGCCUUCCACGGUCAAAACUGUCAAGGAUGAGGUGGUUGGUCUGAUGAUCUCGCUUCCCGAGCGUCUCCAGAUCCAGCUGGGAGAGUCUGUCUCCAUCAUUGCCGACUCAGACUUCCCCCACAAUUGGGAGGACCUGGUGUCAUCACUGGUGGCCCGAUUGAGCCCCACAGACAUGGUCACCAACAACGGCAUUCUGACAGUGGCCCACUCCAUCUUCAAGAAGUGGCGACCACUCUUCUCGUCGGACGACCUGAACCGUGAGAUUCUGCUGGUGCUCAACCAGUUCACAGAGCCCUACAAGCAACUGUGCGAGGAGGUGGAUCGCCAGAUCGAGGCUAACAGCAACAACAAAGCCCAGCUCGACAUCCUUUUCCGAGUCCAGUUCAACAUCUUCAAGAUCUUCUUUGAUCUCAACUGCCAGGACAUUCCCGCCUUCUUUGAAGACAAUCUCGACUACUUUAUGAACCUGCUCAAAAAGUACUUGUGCUACACAAAUCCUCUGCUGGAGGACCCCGAUGAGGACGACGAAGCUGGCAUUCUCGAAAAGGUCAAAGCCUCCAUUUGCGACGCCAUCCAGCUCUACUCGCUGCGAUACGAGGAGUUCUUCGGCACCUACCUUAAUGGCUUUGUGGAAACCGUGUGGAACCUGCUGACCAACACCUCCACACAGCCCAAGUACGACAUUCUCGUUUCGCGAGCACUCACCUUCCUGACUUCCGUCGCCAAGGUGCCCCGACACACAAACAUGUUCUCCUCCCCCGAGGUGCUGAAGCAGCUCAUUGAGAAGAUUGUGGUGCCCAACAUGAGUCUGCGAGAGUCCGACGAGGAGUUGUUUGAGGAUGAUCCUCUGGAGUACAUUCGACGAGACCUUGAGGGAUCCGACUCCGAUACUCGGCGACGAGCAGCCACCGAUUUCCUGCGAGAGCUCAACGAUAAGGCGGAGUCUUCUGUCACAAAGGUUGCUCUGGAGUAUGUGGAGCAGUUCCUCAACCUGUACAAGCAAGACCCUGCCUCUAACUGGAAGGCCAAGGAUACUGCCAUUCAUCUAUAUUCGAGUAUCGCGGCAAAGGGUGCUGUCACCUCUUCUGGUGUGACUUCCAUCAACCUCACUGUCGACAUUCUGUCCUUCUUCUCCGAGAACAUUGCGCCUGAUCUCAUGAACGACUCCGCAAAUCCCAUUCUCAAGGUCGAUGCCAUCAAGUACAUCUACACCUUCCGAAACCAGCUGUCUCGAGACCACCUGAUCCAAGUGUUCCCUGUGCUGAUGAAUCAUCUGCUGUCAACCAAUUAUGUGGUUUGCACCUACUCUGCUGUUACUGUGGAACGACUGCUUGCUAAGAACGUGUUUGACAAGACUGAGGUUGCCGAGAUUGCCCAGCAGCUGCUCCCUAAACUGUUUGAGCUCAUUGCCGCAGGAGGUACCCCCGAAAAGAUCUCUGAGAACGAGUAUCUCAUGAAGUGCAUCAUGCGAAUCCUGCUUGUAGCUGGAUCCGACGUGGCUACCGGCGAUGCAGGCAAGCAACUGCUCCAGCAGCUCAUUGGCAUUCUGCAGGAGAUUUGUAAGAACCCCUCCAACCCCCGAUUCAACCAUUACACCUUUGAGUCCAUUGGAGUGCUUCUUAAGUACACCGUUCCCGUAGUUGGCUUUGCAGCUGUCCAGGAUAUCGUUUCUCCCACCUUCCUGACCAUUCUGGAGCAGGACAUCGCCGAGUUCUCGCCCUACGUGUUCCAGCUGCUAGCGCUGAUUCUGGAACUGUCUCCUUCCAUCGACUCUCUGCCCCCUGCCUUCCAACAAUUGGCUCGAACUUUGGUUGUGGCUCAGCUGUGGGAGUCUCGAGGAAACGUUCCUGCUCUGGCGCGUCUCCUGAAGGCAAUCAUCUCCAAGAACGGCUCUAUUUAUGAGGAAAACUUGCUUGCUCUGUUGGGUGUUUUCCAGAAACUCAUCUCGUCACGGGUCAACGACGAGUUUGGCUUCGACCUUCUCCAAGCCAUCAUGCUGCACAUUUCCCCCCAGGUUUUGCAACCCCAUCUUAAGGAUAUUGCUGUCAUUCUGCUGAUGCGACUGCAGGGUUCUCGAACCGAAAAAUUUGUGAACCGGUUCGCCUACUUUGUGGUCUUCCUUGCUGCCACUGCUCCCACUCCCUCUUUCCCUAUCACCUUUAUUGAUCAGGCUGAGAAGGGCGUGUUUGGCACAAUCUGGGGCCAAUUUUUGGUCAACGCUGUUCCCAACGUUCAGGGUCCUCUUCAGCGAAAGACCGCCGCCAUCGGUUGCACCAAGCUGCUGACUGGCACACCUGAGUUCCUCGGAGGCGAAUACUCGUCUCUGUGGCCCACCACUCUGGAGAAGCUGGUGCAGCUGCUCAACUCUGAGAUCUCCAAGAGCACCGAGGAGGUUUCUCCGGAGGUUGAUCUGGACUCGCUGUCAUUCGGCUCUUCUUUCAACAAGCUGUCUACAUGCACCCCCAAGCCUACUGAUCCUCUGCCUGAUAUUCGGGAUGCCAAGCAGUUCUUCGUUCAGCAGUUGCAGGCCGCCAACAACCAGACUAACGGCCAGGUGAACCAGCUGAUUGGAAACAGCAGUGAGGCUGUUAAGACUGCUCUGCGAGACUUUGGAUAUGCUUAA